AGAAAGAGAGAGAGAGAGAGAGAGAGACGGGUCACGAGUUAGUGUGACGACAUGAUAAGCGAGUACCAACAGUAGCCACAGUGUAUGUGGUAGAAAGUACACAUUCUUCAGACAUUGUGGGAAAUGAAAGUGAUAUGAUAAUCAUAUAUGAUAAACAUAUAUGAAAGGGAAAUUUUUGACAAAUAUAUUUAAUUUAUUCUUUUGGUAAGUACUCUACCAAUACCUCCACAGUAACUAACUGCUAGGUUUUGUGGUUCAUACUGAGAAUGCAUGUUCCCCCUUGUGUGUGCGUGGGUCUUUUCCAAGUACUUCAGCUUGCUCUCAGACAUGGAACAGGAACUCUUACGAUGGACCAGCAAACUGUUCAGAAAAGAAAAGAAAAAACAUCGAACCUAGAUGUACAUAUUCCCAUAGACCACUAGGGACCCUCCCAUUUAAAGGAGUAAAGGGGUAGGAGUAAGGAGGUGCCCUCUGACUCAGUCACUGCAGUAAUACCUCGCCUUACUUGGCCUGUUGAACAAGUUUCUGAGGUGAUCAAUGGCAUAGACGACACGGACUCUCUAAAUGAUGCACACGCACACACAGUCAGGUGACGAGCCCAGGAGAGAGUUUUCCAACCUCAACCUUGACCACUAAAUACAACUUCAUUACUAAACUGUUUGUUUGUUUGUCUGCAUGUGUGUUGCCGUUCAGGUGUCAGUUUUUUUAACCUUUGCCUGUGUUCCACUUUUGUGUUUGUGUGGGUUUAUGUUGUCACUUUAGCAGAAGCAGAAUCCACCCAUUAAUUCCUUCUCUCUGUUGUCUCCGUUCUGGAGACUCACACACCCCUUCAGCCCUUUUAUUCCAUGUAAGUGUCAGAGAAUGACACGGAGAGAAAGAAAAAACGCAGAGAGGGAGGAGCCGGCAUCCAUGGCAUCUGUAGACUGACAGGAGUUCAGGCAUGUUCACACACUGUAGAGUCACUGGGAUUUCACCAGGCUCACACUCACACUGUUAUGUGUUAAUAUAAACAUAACGUAGGACCACCUGGAAUAUUAAUUCAAAGAGGACGGCUAACCUGGGCGCAAUGAUGCCUCCAAAACCUCCCAGGAAAAGCUUGAUAAAGUCCAAUAUCAAUAGUUAUGACGUUCCAAAAGCAGCCUGCAAAGAAGUGGAUACUACAGAGCCUGCAGUAGCUGAUGAAAUCCAGUCAGAGGUUAAAUUCAAGCCUGUACCUCGCCCCAGAUCCAAAAUACUACCAAAAACACAGAGCAACAGCACCACCAACGCUGCAGUCGACCCUGUGAACGGGAAUGAACCCAGCAAGGAAACCAACACAGUGAGCUCCCAGCACGAAGAACAGCCUGCAGACAAACCUUGUCCUGGUCGGCCACCUCCGAGACCACCAGUCCCCAAAAGCUCUCCCUAUAGUGUCGUGACAGCAGCUGUUGACGGAGGGCGCCAAUGCGUGACUUUAUAUUCAGAGUCAAAUGUGAAGCCUUCAGCUGUCAGCUCUAAACCAAAAACCCUCCCAUCACCCAAGCGGCCCCCUCUUCCAUCCAUUUAUUAUGACAGACCCUCAUCUCUGAAAGAGAUGCGACAUAGAACAUAUUCUCAACAGUCAACAAUCGGCUCCCAGCAAGACAAAAGUCCUGGAGGACAGUUGAACUACUGCCAGACCUUUGUGACUUCAGAUAAUGUUGACCGACCUGCAGUUCCUCCUCGGCUCAGUCAGUGCCCUAUUUAUGAACCCUCGUCUCCACAGCCUAGACCUCCGCCCUGCAUGUUCAGCCCACCACCACCACCACCACCAUCAACAACUGCGACGUUGUCUGAAUCAGUGUACAGUGAAAUUGAGCAUCGCCCUUACCUGGACGUCCUCCCUGAGGAUGAAGACACCCUGACAAGAGGGGGGUCAGUACCUCGUUCCGGACUUCGCUUCCAGAGUAACUGUUUCUCUUCUCGUCAGUCCAGAGGAGAAGCAGACGAAACCAUUGUGAUGUUGAGAUGGCUGGCAAGGAUAUCAAAAUCUAAUGUGACACCAUCACUCUAUGGCCUCAGUAUAGAAGAAGAAAUCAGAUCAUUCAAUCAGAGAGCAAUGAAUGUGAGCAAGGCUCUGCGCCUCUUCAACCUCCUAAUGAUGAAACGCAGCGAAUGCAUGCGAAACAUCAUCACAGAGUUUAACGCCAUCUCCAACAGCUUGGACAAGAUGAAGAAAAAAACCAAGACAAUGGGCAUUGCUGGUGGCACCACAGGUGCUGUAGGGGGGAUGACAGCAGUGUUGGGUAUUGCCUUAGCGCCUGUGACAAUGGGGGCCUCCCUUAUUGCUACAGCUGUUGGCGCUGGCAUGGUGGCAUCUGCUGGAGGGAUGGGUGCUCACACUGCCAAGUGCAACAAGAAGACUGUGAAUAAGAUGACAGUUGUGAAAUUAGUAUAUGAUUACAAGUCAAAUGUUGUUGACCUGGAAAGUUGCCUGGAUUUUAUACUAUCUGGGAUGAAUGACCUACGAAGGCAUGACAUUCCCCGGCUGCAGAGGGCAGGAGCCGAGACUGACGCUCUAAAGGUGGCCCAUUUGUCACAGACUGUGUUUAGAGAGAUAGACAAUGAAAAGAGAACUUCACAAGGGUUGUCAUCUGAGAAACUACUGAGAGAUUUUACCAGGGAGUUGGAUCAAUACUUCACAGGUGAGGAUGAUCAAAUACUGAAGAAGUCCAACAAGAGCAGGUUUUCUGGCAGGGUUCACCUACUAGCGAAAAAUCUGCAGGAUCAUUUGGAGCACCUGAAUCGAAUGUGGGAAAUGUUUAGUUGACCCCAUAGACAGCAUGAAAAACUGAACAGUCUGUCCAUUUCUUAUAUACAAUCUAUGGUUGAUCAAGUGAACUGUGUAUGUGUGUGCUUAUGUGUAUGUGACAAAGAACAAAAAAGAGAUUGUGAUAUGCGUAAUUGUUGCAAUAAAAGUCUACAUUGUAUAUUAAGUAAUAAAAUUUAUAUUAUUAAAUAAGUUGACUGCAGUUCUUUCAUUAUUCUGGAUGAAUUAAAGAGAAAAAAAAAGUUCUACUUCCUACUCUACAAGAGGUGCUAUACAGUUAUAAUG